AUGUCCGAUCAGGAAAACAACAGCCGUCCCUCAAGUCCGACUCCGAACCCAACCCAGACAGAAGAGGGUGCCCCUCCAACACCUAAGACAGAUACCCAGACCCCGACAAAGAAGCCUCCAAAGCUAGGAAAGAAGAAACAGCAGCAGCAGCAGGAGUCUAAGCCUCAGCCUGAACCUGAACCAGCAGAGCCAGAGCAACAAGAAGAAAACGAAGAGAAUCCUCCCGACAACACCAAGGAAGAUCCUCGGCCUCAACGAGAUACCCACGACGUCAGCGCCAACGGCGAAGCCACAGAAGAAGACCAGGAGCCAGAACAACCACAACCACAACAAGAACAACCCCGCCCCCGCAGAAGAAAGCCUCAACCGCAGAGAUACCGCCCCGACUCAGACACAGAAAGCAUCCCCCGCCCGGAAAUGGACAACAACACCGCAAUGGAGAAGCCCCGCCGCCGUCGCCAGCGUCCCCAGAUGCAACAACAACAACAGCAACAGGACGGCGGCCCAUUGGGCGGGCUCGGUGGUGUGAACCAGGUCGGUGAUCUCGUCCAGAAUACCGCAGGCAACGCGGUGAACGGUGUGACGGGGUCAGCGGGCAAAGCCGUGGGCGGGCUGCUGGGUGGAAACAAAGGGGAGAAAGAGGAUGGGGGCCGAGACGAGCAGUUGCGGCUAAGGCUGGAUCUGAAUCUGGAUAUUGAGGUGCAGCUCAAGGCGAAGAUUCAUGGUGAUUUGACGCUGGGAUUAUUGUAUGUCUUUUUUCGCCUUUUCCCUUACCCUGAUGGUAUGAUAAAGUGUGGGUGCUAA